AUGACGCAGAGGGAGCAAGAGCUCAGAGCGAAGGAGGCUGCGUUCGCCAAGAAGGAGCAAGAAAUGGCGCGCGCCGCCGCUCAGCGGGAAAAGUGUGAGCAGCAGCAGGAGGUUGAGCGCGUCCAAGCAGCAGCUGCUGCUGCGGCGGAGGAGGUUGCUCAGGGCCUGAACUACAUGGACACAUCUGUGCACNNNNUGGCGCGCGCCGCUGCUCAGCGGGAAAAGUGUGAGCAGCAGGAGGUUGAGCGCGUCCAAGCAGCAGCUGCUGCUGCGGCGGAGAAGGUUGCUCAGGGCCUGGACUACAUGGACACAUCUGUGCACGAGGUGAAGCCGAAGAAGGGCGAGGUCCGGACCCAGUUGCAGUCAAAGAUGGUCCUCAUGCUACUCUUCGACCUCCGCAAGGAAGGUUGCUCUGAGAACGAGGCGGUGUUGCAGGGCCUGGACUACAUGGACACAUCUGUGCACGAGGUGAAGCCGAAGAAGGGCGAGGUCUGGACCCAGUUGCAGUCAAGGAUGGUCCUCAUGCUACUCUUCGACCUCCGCAAGGAAGGUUGCUCUGAGAACGAGGCGGUGUUGCAGGCCGAUGUCUUUUUUAAUUAUUCAUCUUGAUCAAAGAGGGGUAACGGUUGGUUUUUGGAUCUAUAGACUACUCCGGAAUAUGUGGUGUACACCCUAUUUUUGCUGCCAACAGCAGUAUGUUCAUGUGUGGUGUGUGUGUUUUCGUUGCAUUUAUGUCGGGCGCGAGCCUUUGCCGUUCGUUACACGGUUGACUCACCUGUCUACGUCACACAAAUAUUCAGCAGGAAUACAUUGUACUGUUGUACAGCAGUUCUUUACAGCAGUACUUUACAGUACCUGAGCAGGCUUGCAUGUGCGAU